AUAAAAGACACUAUUCAGUGUGUGAUUUGAUAUCUUGUCGUUUAAAUCGAUUUACUUGAAAGUUCAUUAAUUUAUUUAUUAAUCAUGAUUAAUAAUUCACAAAUUAUUUUCAAAUUAACAAUUGUGAUAUUUUACUUGAGCUAUACUAGUGGUUGUGAUAGCCACAAACAGAUAUACACAGAAAUAGGUUGUAAACCGAUUUAUGAUGAAAAAUAUACUGCAAAUAAAUGUCCCAUUGCAUAUGAUUGUGAGUCUGUUUUUUCAAGAUCAAUAAAUAAGUGCUAUUUUAACGGAAAUGUAUACGAACCUUCGGCGAAACUUUCUGAAAAGGAUUCUGCGCUAAGUCCUUGUCUAGCAUCAUGUACUUGUAACAAAGUCGAGUACUAUAACCACUCAAUUACACAUUUUGUAUGUGCCAACGUUGAAUGUCCGUCAUCCUUCAAUAUCAUUGAGGAUAACUGUUAUUAUCAAUACGAAAAAGAUUUGUGCUGCGAAGUAAACCAAAUAUGUCAUGGCCCUAAUGAGAAAUCUAAAGCAUAUCAGUGUACUUAUGAUGGUAAGACGUAUAAUGAGGGACAACGCUUCUAUGCUGAUAAUGAUUGGAUGGAAUGUGUCUGUUCUCCAAAAUUUGAUGGUAAAAUUGAUAAUCGUUUCUGUAGAAGAGUAAGAUGUAAUUACGAAAUACUGUACAUGGAUAAUAUCAAAGCUAAAAAUGCUCCUGUUUUCUUUGAAAAUACAGAUAGUUGUCCAAUCGAAUGGCUGAGCUCUUUAUACGAUACCGCUAAAUUAGAAAAUUGGAAUACCAAAAAUUCAAGUGGUUUAAAAUGUAGUUAUGGAGAUACUGAGGUGGCAUUAGGACAAAAAGUCACUUUUGACAGUCAUUUAAACGACGAUGCAUACAAAACUACUUGUUCAUGUCAAGUACCUCCCUUAGUUACUUGUAUAAAAAGAAGAAAAUAAGUCAUCGCAUUUGGCUAAUAUUAACUUAUUAGAUUAUUAAUAUUAUUUAAAUAUAUUUUAAAAUUUGUUAAUACGACUACGUAAAUUAAGAUUUAUUUACUUAAUUUUUGUAAUAACUUAUGAGUUCUUAUUCAUAUAAAACGAAUACAUGUUUAUCUGUUCUUUUUG